GUUUCUUCGUUGCCUCGUCACCGAGUUGCAUUCUCUCGGGACACCAGACUUCCCAAAGAGCACUCGCGUGUCGAUGUUCGUGAUCGACUCGGACGCAAAAUGAGAGCGGCGAGACAGCAGCUCCGCCAGGCCGUGGACUCGCUGUACUCCCGCGGGCAUGCGACCCCUGCGUCCUACACUCGCCUGGUACUCGAAUGCGUCCGUGCCCACGACGUCGAUCAGGCCAGGCGGCUGCAGUCCCACAUGGAACUCCACUCCUUUCGGCCCGACGACACCUACGUGCACAACCGCCUCCUCCAUUUGUACGCCCGGGUCGGCAAGCUCGACGACGCCCGGAAACUGUUCGACAAAAUGCCCGCCAGAGACGUUUUCUCGUGGAACGCCAUGCUCUCGCUGCACGCUAAAUGUGGGUCGGUUGGGGACAUGUGGGCAACCUUCGAUGAGAUGCCCGUUCGCGACGUUGUUUCCUAUAACACGGUUAUGGCGGGCUUUGCGGGAAAUGGACAGCCUCAGAAGGCUUUGCGAGUGUUUGUGAAUAUGCACGAAAAUGGGUUUGCGCCGACUGAAUAUACUCAGGUGAGUGCAUUGAAUGCCUGUUCACAGUUGCAGGGUUUGAGGCUGGGAAAGCAGAUCCAUGGCAGGAUGGUUGCUAGUGAUUUUAGGGGCAGUGCGUUUGUUUGGAAUGCGUUGACUGAUAUGUAUGCUAGAUGUGGUGAAAUUCAUUGGGCCAGGUGGUUGUUCGAUUGCAUGGUUGAUAAGGAUGUGGUUUCAUGGAACACGAUGAUUUCUGGAUAUGUGAUCAAUGGAAAUCCGGAUAAAUGUGUUGAUUUGUUCCGUCAGAUGCAAUUGACUGGCUGUAAGCCUGACCAGAUUACGGUCUCCAAUGUCCUCAGAGCCUACUUUCAAUGUGGACAUGUCGUUGAAGCAAGGAAAUUAUUUGAUGAGCUCAGAGAGAGAGAUAAAAUAUGUUGGACGACAAUGAUAGUUGGCUACUCCCAAAAUUCAAGAGAAGAGGAUGCAUUGCAGCUGUUUUGUCAUAUGCUGUCAACAAAUGUGCAGCCCGAUGGUUUUACCAUGUCUAGUGUGGUGAGUUCCUGUGCCAAAUUAGCAUUUUUGCUUCUUGGUCAGGCUGUGCAUGCGAAAGCUAUUCUUGUGGGAGUUGAUGAUGGUCUGCUUGUUUCCAGUGCUCUUGUUGACAUGUACAGCAGCUGUGGAGUAAUUGCAGAUGCUCGGUUCAUUUUUAAUACGAUGACUUCUAGGAAUGUUGUUUCUUGGAAUGCUAUGAUUGGUGGUUAUGCACAAAAUGGUCAAGAUCUGGAGGCCUUGAAACUAUAUGAGGAGAUGCUGCAAGGGAACAUGAAACCUGAUAUUAUCACUUUUAUAGCUAUUCUUUCAUCCUGUGUUCAUGCCAAUCUGAUCGAACAGGGACGAAAGUAUUUUGACUCAAUCAGCAAAGUACAUGGGAUUACGCUGACUUUGGAUCAUUAUGCAUUGAUGGUCGGCCUCCUUGUUCGAUCAGGCCAGGGAGAUAAAGCACUGAGUCUCAUCGAGCAAAUGCCCCAUCAACCAAAUAGCGUAAUUUGGUCCUCUAUUUUGUCUUCAUGUGCAACAACAGGUGAUAUUAGACUUGGAAAGAUAGCAGCAAGCCAUUUAUUUGAUCUUGAUCCAUGUAAUGCUGGACCAUAUAUUACACUAUCUAACAUGUAUGCAGCUAAUGCCAGAUGGAAAGAUGUUGCAUCUGUGAGAUCUCUGAUGAAGAACAGAAAUGUCAGGAAAGUCGCAGCUUACAGCUGGAUUGAGUUUGAUAAUAAGGUCCACAGAUUUGUGUCCGAAGAUCGUUCUCAUCCAGAGACAGAUCAAAUAUAUGAAGAACUGCACAGAUUGAUAAAGAAACUACAAGUGGCUGGCUUUAUUCCUAAUACAAAGCCAGUACUCCAUGAUGUAGCGGACAAUGAGAAGCUUGCAUCUAUAAGCUACCACAGCGAGAAACUUGCUCUUGCAUUUGUCUUGCUCAAAAACCCUGAUGGUGCAGUUCCCAUACGAAUAAUAAAGAAUAUUCGCGUAUGCACUGACUGCCAUGCGUUUAUGAAAUAUGCAUCUGAACUUAUCGGGCGCCAUAUAAUCUUAAGAGAUUAUAACAGAUAUCAUCAUUUUAUUGGAGGAAAGUGCUCAUGCAAUGAUUACUGGUAGUGAGCAUUGCUGAUUUUCUAUUUUUCUCUGACUGGCGUCAGAUGGUAAGUUGCAGCUGUAUGGUGGAUGGUCUUGUUGCAGUAGGAGAUCUUCAACUUUUUGAGAAGAACUGAGCCAAGAGCUAGAUGCAAGAUCCUUUUCAUCUAGCUACCAACAAUGGAUCAUCUUGUUGAAGAUUCAACUGAUCAUAUCUUUUCUCUUGGAAGCUAAAACGAGAUGUUGGGGCUCUUCAAGCACCGGGCUGGUCUUCACUGGAUGAGUCCAUCCCCAUGUCAACGCGUGCAAACUGAUUUCAAGCACAAGGCUGCUUAUGGGAAUGAUCUGAAUAGAAUGUGCUAACAUCAUAAUUCUAAACCAAUUCUUGAGCAAGAAUGACUAACAAGCUUAUUGAUUGAGGAUCCUUAAACAAUUCAUUGUUAGUUUAUCCCAUGGUAUUGUAGUGAGGUGGUAACAUUGCCAGUAGCUUUUGAGACACAAAUGCAGGCACUGCUAGCUGAAGCAGCUAUUGUAUGUCAUGGGAUGCAGAGUGAAGUCACUGGAAGGGUCAACAUUUCUUCACUCACUGAUUGUGGAUUGUUCAUGAGUUAGGCUUGAUGUGUAUAAGCUGGGAUCUCUGGAUAUCGUACAGACAAUCUUUUGUUGAACAAUGUAGAUCAAGAGGAGUUAGUGACACAGGUCCAUUUCAAGCAUUUAAAUGUUGAUGUGAGGUCCAUCUUAGAUGGUAGACUGGUUGGAAGAGUUGGUCUGCUGCUUAAGUGGCCCAAAGGCCAAUGUGCCGGAGACCCUUGUGCUGCAGUUAUAGAUCUUGAAUUAGGAUAGAAAUUUAUACUUCAGCUUGUUCUUUGGUGAUGUAUUAAAUUUGCUUGGGGGACUGAUGCAUCUGAAGUAUGUGGAUCGCGGAGAAAGAAAGUGAAUCAAGUUUGCUCCAGCUCAUUAUACUAUUGCCUGGACAGGAUAUGGUAGUAACUCAAUUCAGUAAGAAGGUCAUUGUAUGGACAAGGGAAGAAGCAAUAUCACGUGGGAAGCUGAUGGUGUUGGUCCAAUAGGGUUCCCUUGUCCAUUCCUGGAACUUGCCCUUUGAUGCAGUUCACAGCUCCAAAAUUUUCCGCAGUGGUUUGAUAUGACCCUCUCCACCGUCUAUUGUUCAAACAUCAGCGAGUCUCCAGGCGUAUGGUCUUGGUGGAAAUUGCCAGUCCAAUUCAAAUCUAAUCAAAAGCUUGUUUUUGCUUUCCGUGGUCUGCCAGGUACCUUUGCCUGUCCAUAACUAGCCGUGUCAAUAAUGUAGUUGCUUGUCUUCACUAUCGAUUUAUUUUUCUUCUCUAGUUUGUCGAGGAAAAGUCUUGAGUAAUUUCCGAGAUAACUCUCUUUUGAGAUUCCGAUCCUUUCAAUGUCGCUCCGAUUAUUGGAUUCAGUACACGAAUCUAAAUUCUUUUCUACA